UCCCAAUUUCCAUGUCAAAGACUUUUUCUCUCUCCUCUCAUGGCUCUCACCUAUUCACCUUCUCUGCUCCUUGCCUCCUUACUUCCUUAGUUCCUUAGACUCCUCUCGGCUCUCGAUCCCGGCGCUGCGGCGCACCACCACAACGGAACCAAUUAUCAAUAGACAGUUAAACUGGUUAGACAUUAGGGUCAGUGAUUUGGGAAUUGCCGAAUUCGGAUUUCGGAGUUAGAUCUAAGCGGCACUUCGGCAGGCCGGCAGCGGCGAAGCGCGACGAUUCAGCCACCGACACUGGUGGUCGACGCCUCGACGGACUGCAGGAGCAACCAAGCAAGAUCAAUGUGUUAGUACUUCAAAAGUUCAAAUUUCAAUAUGAAGUACAAGGUGGUCUGCAGGAAAGUUUAUGAUUAUGUUCGGUAUGAUUUGAAAGAAAUAGCAUUUCCUUCCUCAUUACCUGAUCCGCCUCACAUAAAAAAGCGCAGUAAAUUGACUUGGAAGGAAUCAUAUUAUGUUUUAAAGGAGGCCUCCCGUCUUUAUGCAGCAAGCUGGGUACGAGACAUAGGUCCUGAACUCCGUCCAAAUGAUUAUAAGAAAGAAGAAAGAGAAGAUAAGAAUGGAGUAGAUGAUAAUAAGGAGAGAGAACCAACAACAAUGGAGGAUCUAGCUGUUGCUGCUAGAGGAGGAAUGGAGACCCUAAGGCCUGCUCUGCAGCGGCUGUACAUGACAAGAGCUUCUGCCUACAAGGAUGCUAUGAAGAGUUUUAUAGCUGGGUACCAGGAAGGUAUCCAACAAGUUAUGGACAAGAAAGAAAAGUAUGAAUCUCAGAAUCCUCAAGAUGAUGAUUCAAAAAAGCCCACUUGAUCUCUAUCAGAAGAAACGCUUGUUUUGAUGUCUUCUUGUAUAACAUGUUAUUGAUUAGCUAAAUUAUCAAGCAUCAGUAGAAGUGUGAAAACAUUUUCCGCCUUGAUCCUUCAUUGGUACUGGAAUAUCAGUGGACUUUUAAUUCCACUGGCGGUAGUAUGUCAAGUUCCAAUAGUAACUGGUCUUCUGGUGUACAAAACUUGCCUGUGGUGAAAAGUGAAUGCAUAUGUUCUAGACAGAUCAUUUUCUGGUGUGACAGACUUACCGCCUCUCGCAGAAAUAUAAUCCAUUACUUCCUCCGUCC